CCAAAGUAGUUGGUGAGCUCUUUAAGAAAGCUAGAGUAACGCCGCUGAUAAACGUAGAUGACGUGUAUAUGUUCGGUCAGCUCACUCAUGAUAUUCAAGAGAUAAAUUUUGUCAACAUUAAACAAAAUCUUACUCUAUUGCAAGAUAAUGGAUUGAAUACAUACAGGAAAGGAAAAAGUGAUUUGAUAGCAGUUAAUGUGCAAUAUUCGUCAGCUAUGGAGGAAUUGUGGUCUUUAACCUUGAUCGAAUCUUAUUCGUCGAAAAUAUAGGUGCGACGUCAUGUCACACCUUAAGAUGGAAUUUUUGCGACUGACGAAAUUGUAUAUAGAUGUUGCAAAUGGACCUUUAAAAAUGACGUCAGUACGAUCGGCGCGUAUUACAGCUAUUCGGCUAUGUUUUAACCUUUUCCGAGGUGAGGUCAACUGUAUCUCAGCAUUAUGCUUCCUAGUACUUGUCUUCGUUUUCCUUUCUAUGGUGGUAAAUAUGAAACGCACGCCCACUAUAAUGACGUCACUCUAGCAUGCUAGACUGAAUUGGAAAGACCUAGAAAAGGAAUCUGAAAAUACUAUACUUAUUGAACAUGAAGAUGGAAAUGUUUAUAUUGCUUUUAAAAUGAAGGAGUCUGCUAAAAUCGUUAAACAUUUAAAAACUGGUAUUAAAGACCUUAAACAGUCACGUGAUUUAAUGUCCGAAACGAGGCACGUUUUCGCAGAAAACAAAUUUAGCAAUAUGAAAAAGGUGAAUAAUAAAACUGAAGGUGAAAGAAAGACUGGACCUGACGAUCUUUCUUUAGCGAAUGGACAUUAUUUCCCUCUGACAGUUUCGAGCAACCCUUACAACAUUAACAGCAAAUUCGUGUGCAAAGGAGUAAAAGAAUUGUCGUUUAUUGUAGUAGUACAUUCUGCCACCACACAUUUCAUGAGACGGUCAUCAAUCAGAGAAACUUGGGCCAAUUUUAAGCUCUUUAAAAGACAUUCAAUGAGAAUAGUGUUCAAUCUUGGAAAACCUGAGAAGGACUCAACGCAAGCUCUUAUUGAACAUGAAUCGGCAGUGAAUAAAGAUAUCGUACAAGGGAAUUUUAUAGAUUCGUGUAGAAACCUUACUCAUAAAGGUGUUUUAGGACUUAGGUGGAUUUCAGAGUUCUGUAAGCAAGCAGAAAUUAUUGGCAAAGUUGACGAUGACGUUUUCCUAAAUGUGUUCAAACUAAUGGAAGAAUUAGAAUCAAAUUUUAGAAACAAAACGAGACAAAUAUGGUGUCCAGUGAGGAAUAAAGGAACAAGUCAGAUUCAGAGAAAGAAAGGGAAGUGGAAAAUCGAUGAGAACGAAUUUAAAAAUAUGACAUAUUUUCCGGUGACGUAUUGUAAUGGAUUUUUCACAGUUAUCACAAGAGAUAUUAUACAAGAAAUGUAUGAAGCAGCCAGAGUUACGCCAUUCUUUUGGGUGGACGAUGUAUAUUUGUUUGGGCUUUUGCCGGACAAAAUUAAAAAUGUUAAACACGCUCCCUUGAUGAAUCUCAAUUUGAAUGAGAAAGACAUUUUUGAAUCAAAGGACAAGAAGUGCCAUCUUCUAGUUGCUAAUGCGCAUUCUGAUGGUAUAAUGGACAAAUUCUGGUUUAGUGCACUACAACAAUACAAAACACUAGCACAAAAAUACUCAAAGGACGGACUGUUUGUUUGA